AUGCUAUCUGAAAUAGAAUCUGAUCUUGGUUUGUCACUAAUAUGUUCUAACAAGGAGAUUUGCGUUGAUUUGAGACAUCUGAGUAACUGGAUUGUUAUACCUUCAGAAACAAACGAUAUGCAAGGAGAUGUGGAAUUUAAAGGGUUAUUCAAAUCGUAUACUAAUCGAAGUAAUGUUUCUACCUUAGUGAGACAAUCAUUGUUUGGAAGAAAAUAUAUACCCUUGUAG